AUGGAGAGUACACGCAGGCCAUUCGACAGAUCUCUUUCUAAGGAACCGGGAUUGAAGAAACCCAGGCUCAAUGAUGGCCCUGCCGCACCCGAUCGCAGCUCCAAUGGACGUGGCAAAACCAGCCUUGGCAGCGGAUUUAUUCAAAGGCCGGUGUCUUCGAACUCUGGGGGUGGAGGCGGCUUGAGAUUCCAGAGGGACCGAGACUCGGAAAGCAGCGAAUCUGUCCGUGGUCCCUACCAACACCAACAGAGCUCGCAGCUACAUCACGAGCUGGUGACCCAGUACAAGGCUGCCUUAGCUGAGCUGACUUUUAACUCGAAGCCCAUAAUUACGAACUUGACUAUUAUUGCCGGUGAAAAUGUGCACGCAGCCAAGGCAAUUGCGGACACUGUCUGCACGAAUAUUCUCGAGGUUCCUUGCGAGCAAAAGCUACCAUCUCUUUAUCUAUUAGACAGUAUUGUGAAGAAUAUAGGGAGGGAUUAUAUUAAACACUUUGCUUCAAGAUUACCUGAGGUUUUCUGCAAGGCAUAUAGACAGGUGGAUCCUUCGAUACAUCCUGGUAUGAGGCAUCUUUUUGGCACGUGGAAGGGAGUCUUCCCUCCCCAGCCAUUGCAGAUAAUUGAAAAAGAGCUUGGAAUUGCUACUGCUGUCAACGGUUCAUCUUCAGGAACAAUAAUGUCUAAGCCAAAUUCACAGGCCCAACGUCCUCCACACAGUAUUCAUGUAAAUCCCAAGUAUUUAGAGGCAAGGCAGCGUAUUGAGCAGUCAACCAGGGUGAAAGGAGAUUCCGGCGACAUUAGUAAAACCUUGAUGAACUUACCCGAUGAUGUUGAAGGACCAGAGAGAACCUAUAUUAGUUCAGGAAGAACAUGGACUGAUCCAUAUGCUAAGAACAUCCAGCGCCCUCGUAAAGAUCAAGUAAAUGAACCUGCUUCUGCCAAAAAUUUAACACAUGGAGAUUCUGACUAUGGUUCUGAUUCAUCGAAGCAUUCAGGCUUGGGGAUUGGAAGAGGGAGUGAAAAACUUAAACAACAUGGAUUUGGCAAGCCACUGUAUGAAUCUGGUGGCAAUGUAUCAGAGAAAAUAUUAGAUCAACAGAAUGGUUUUGAUAUGAAGCAUGGAUUUCAAAGCUAUCUGGCCCAUGAAUCUACAAACUCUAACUCACAUCUAGAACUAAAGAACAUCUUUGCGAAUAAAAGCAGCAGUGGGAUGAGUAGGAGCUGGAAAAACUCCGAGGAAGAGGAGUAUACAUGGGAUGAUAUAAACUCAAGACCUGCUGACAGUGGGGCUGUUGAUAUCUCAGAUAAAGAUCUGUGGAUACCUGAUGAUUUCGAAAGAUUGGACUUUGAGACCCAUAUCCAAAGGCCACAAAGUGUACAUUUCCUUGGGUCAAGGGUUGAUGAUGAAGCUCUCACUGAUUCUCUAACUAAAAAUCCAGGUCAGGUGGUUCCUGGGUCUCGAAUGCCAUCAUCAUUGACAGAGGAGAUGCAUCCACUAGAAAGUAGGCUUUCAGCAAUUAGGAAUAUAUCAGGUGAGGGAUAUCAGGCCUCAUUUUCAAGUUCUGCAAAGUUAGUGGACAGGACUUCUUUUCAAUCACAGAGGGGCCCAGGCCUUAGUGGGGCGCCGAACUUUAGCUUUUCAACAAAUGCUAUGUCGGGGUCCACACAAUCAAUAACACGACAGAAUCUGGGGGCUGGAUCCCAAUCACCUAAGCACCAGCAACCUCCUCCCCCUUCACUCUCAGGCCACAAUCCGAAUCAACUACCGCAGAAUUCUGAUCAAGAACAAAACUCCACCCCGCGUCUUGUAGAUCCAAGAAGGCCUCAAUUUUCAGGACAAAGAAAUAUAGGGUCACGUAACCAGUUUUCUCAGGAGUCUGUGUCCAUGCCAUCACAGGAUGUCCGUCUAACUAGUUCACAGAGAUUGCAGCACCAAAGUUUACAGACAUUGUCUACUGUAAUGUCCCCUCAGCCGAGGAACCACGCUUCAUCUAGUCAGCAGAAAAAGCUUGAACUCUCUUCUGGGGAAGCUCAGAAACAGUCGCUGCCACAAAAUUCAAGUAUUGAGAACUACUCUACCACAGGGAAGUUAUCACCACACCAACCAAAUACUCUUUCUGCUGACUUACCAGGACAAUCAAAUAUCAGCACUUCGUUGGCCGCUGUAAUGAAGAGUGAAAUAAGUUCAGGUGUGCAUAAAUUACCUAUAUCAAGUUUUCAAGGUGCUGAGGGUGUGUCACCUCAGGUAAUUGCACAACCACCUCUUCCAAGUGGACCUCCUGCCAACUUAACAUCCUUGACUCCAUUACAUGGAAGGACAUUGGACCACACAUUUUCUCAGGGAAAGGUACAGCGACCCCCACUGCCACCUGGUCCCCCGCCCUCAUCUUUAGCAGGUAGUAGCUCAGAACAGACAUCAAGUGUAGUAAAUCCUGCCUCUAAUCCAGUUUCUAGUCUUUUGAGCUCUUUGGUUGCGAGAGGCUUGAUAUCUGCGUCCAAGAAAGAUUCACCAUCUUUAACUCCAUCCAGCAUUCAAACUCAACCUCCAGACCUGGAUACUGGGGUUGCAAGCAGUAGUACAACUGCAGAUUCUUCUGGUCCUGUUACCAUAGAUAAACCUCUUUCAUCUACAGCAGAUAAGGUAUCUUUGCACAGGCUUGAUGCUAAGAUCUUUGACGGCUUGCCUCAGUCCAUGACAACGGAGAUAAAAAAUCUCAUUGGUUUUGAGUUUAGGCCUGAUGUUGUUCGGGAAUUGCAUCCAGCUGUGGUCAAUGAACUUCUUGAUGACCUUCCUCAUCAGUGCAGCAUAUGUGGUCUGAAACUCAAGCUUCAAGAACGAUUUGACAGACACAUGGAAUGGCAUGCAUUGAGGGUCCCUGAACAGGAUUCUUCGAGUAAGACUUCAAGGAGAUGGUAUGCCAGUUCAGUCGAUUGGGUUGCAGGAAUUGAUCCCCUCCAACCCAUUGAUGGCACCUCGGAUCUAUUGGGAUCGGAAAACAGUGAACCAUUGGUUCCUGCAGAUGAAAGUCAAUGUGCAUGUAUUCUGUGUGGUGAGUUGUUUGAAGACUUCUACUGUCAAGAAAUGGGCGACUGGAUGUUCAAAGGAGCUGUUUAUUUGACUAACCAAUCCUCACAAGGGAGAACAGGAAAUGCCUGUGACAGUGCUGAUGUGGGUCUUAUAGUCCAUGCUAACUGUGCAGCAGAAGACUCUUUUUGCAACUUGGGACUGGUUGGGGAAAUCAAACUGGAAAAAGAUGCAUGA